UUAUUGACGACGUCUGCUUAGCAAUCGUCAGCUUAAAGACAUUUCUAAACGAGAUGACCCUCGAAGAAAGCCGGUGCGAAGAAAACCACGUUGGACGAACCCCAUCGCCGAGCAGGGCGUCGUCGCCGUGGGUACGAUGGACUUCGAGAUGCCGUGCCCGCUCCCAGGCUGCACUGAGGUCGUGCGAAGGUCGGCCGCGAUACACCACGUACGGCGCAUGCACCCGGAGCUCACGAAGCGGAAGGAGAGGGUGGCCUGCCCCAAGUGCACGCAAGCCCUGCAGGGCGAGAACUACACGAGGCACUACGUUGCGCACUUCCCGAGCUACGUGUGUCCGUAUGGCUGCGGCGCGUCCCUCUCGCGCGUCACCGUCUCGGAGCGCAAAAGGCACUACUCCGGCUGCGGGAUCCGGCUGCGAACGGGGCUGACCUGGGAAGAGGCGGACGCACUGGCGAUGCAGAACGAGAGCCUGCCGGUGUCUAAGAAGACCAACAGAGAAGGUGGCAGCAGGACGAUGAAGCAAUACGUUGAGACGACGGAGGGGCCUGUGGCGGUGGAAGAUCUCGAGGCCGAGUCUGAGGAAGAAUGCUUGUCAACGUUCGUGAAGCGGAAACAGCGUCAAUCGGCGCCUGCAUCGGAGCCUGCACCGGAGGGUAUUGUAGAGUCUGAAUCCGAUGUCGACGAUAGUCAAGGUGAUACUAGCGUCGAAAUGAACGAUGCGAAGACGUGAGCCUUGGAUGGUAAGUACGCGUAAAGGGCCACGAUUACCGGCAGGAGAUUUGGACUCAAUGUCUAUACCGUUCCGACUACAUACACUAUGCUAAGCCACAAAAUUUGUUAUGGUUGCAAUAAUAUUAAUAUCAUUCGGAGUCGCAGAAC